UUUUAAAAACUCCUGCCAGGGUGGAGAUUUUUGAAAAGUACGUUUUUGUGUUUAUGUGUGGACGAGGAAAACGGAGAUUUACUCAGGCAAUGUCAAAAGUGUGCGCCGUUUUUGACGUCACGCUGUGGCCACGUUAUUGUUUACAUCAGAUCAAUUUCUACAAUGGCCGACGUAGACAAAAUACUGUUGCUGUUAAUCUUAGUAUCUGCAGUUUUUACACGCUUACAUAUACACACACAGUUACUGUGCCUCCAUUUAGAAAGAUAGAGGCAUCAGAGUGAGCAUCAGACGUGGCUUCUACAUUCAACACAGACGCUCUCACAACCCAAAUCCUGACGUCGGUUUGGAAUAAAUUCAAAAUGAAUGGAAGAGGAGAUGAAUCACAAAAUAACCGUAAUGGCCGACAGGUUAACCCAGAAAAUCUUCCAAGUGGAGAUCAGGAACCAGCUUAUGAACCAGCUUAUGAAGCAGCUUAUGAACCUGUUGGUGGAUUCUGGGGUUUACUGAACAGUCUUCAUCGUGCUCUCUAUAAUAUCUAUUUUUCGAGGCUGAAUGAGCUGUUAGAUGAAUUAGAGGAACGAUAUGAUGUCUUUGACAUUGACAAUCUCAAUGACGGCAAUGUUAACAAUGUAAACAUUAACAAUAUUAAUGUGAGAGACAAUAAUGCCAAUGUUGACAACAAUGAACUGGAUGAUGAUCAUAAUGCUGUUGUUGUCGACAUUGAAAAUGAUGAUUCUGAUGAGGCAUUUGAAGACUGUGAGGAUGUUCACCAGUACAUCCCAGAAGAGGAUCCUCAGCCAGGUGUAUCCAGGAGGAGGCCUAGAGAGAUGGAUGAAGAAGAUGUGGAACCAAACAAAAGAUUCAGAUGGAGCGAGGAGUUUUCUGAUGACGACUCUGACUUCAUCUCUGCCUGCGACACUGAUAGCGAGGGCUGUCCUCAUGCUGGUAAUAUUGCUGAUGAGGACAUCAAUCAGCAGGUACCAGAAGAAGAACAGCUGCCUGUUGGAUCCACGAAAAGGUCCAGAAAGGAAGAUGGAGAUGAAGAAGAGCCUAAUAGCAAAAAAUCCAGGCUUGCAAACUCCGAGAGCAGUAGUGAUGAACUUUUUGAAGACGCACAUGAAGAGCUUGACAACCAUGAAACUGGAGGCUCGAGGAAGCGGUCCCGAGAGGAUUUUGAGGAAGAAGAGGAAAACUCGCAUGUUUGCAAAUUUCGGAGAUGUUCAGAUGAGUCCACCAGCACCAGUGAUGACAACUAACACUAUUCCGACGGCGUUUUCAGUAUCCUUUUAGUAGGCUGAUAGUCUUCUCAUGUGACCCUGAAUCCUCCUUGCAGGCUGCAAUAAGCUGGGCAUACACUGUGCGAUUUCUUCAGUCGCGUUAUUCAGCUCCUGCUCAAACUGUCCGAUUGACUCGCAGGGGCUAGAAGCUCGUAGGUCACGAUGCAGGGUCUCACACUAUACGGCCCGAUGCUCUGUGCGACCCGAGUGCUCACACUGUGCGUCCAUAGCAUGAAGGUUAAAACACAAAAUCUUACACUAUUUUCACGGUUGUUGCAGUCGCGAUAAUUUUGUGAGGUCACGUCGAAAAGGCUCGGAUGACCUUGCCAAAGUUCUACAAGUCGUGCCUCCAUCGCUUGUGUCCGGAUCACACGCCGCACUGCCGUGCUGUUCCGUCUUUUCGCUUUUAUUUCUGUGUUUGCGCGUGCGCAGUGUGAGACGCUGCGUUGACACCCUCACGAUGGCUGUCAGGAUUUCAAACAGGUUUGAUUUCCUUCUCAUUACCCCAUGUAUACGAUGCACGACACGUGAUUAAGGCCAAACUCGGGCCGAUCCCCAAAACGGUCGCACGACUGAAAAAUCGGCUCAAAAUGGGCCAAAAAUCGCACAGUGUACGCCCAGCAUUAGGCUGCCGGGGGAUUCCCAUCAUGCACUGGGUGU